CGCGCGCAGUGACGUCAGGCGUCGCGGCGUCGUCCGCAAUCACGUCAGACGCUCCCGGGGUCGCCAUGUUUCGUGCGUGGAUUUUGACGUGAGAAUCCGUCGAGUCGCUCAGUCUCCGGUUGCGUGUGUCACGAUAUCGCCGAGUUUAUUCGUCCUGAAGAUCGACGCUUCGAGAUACCGCGUUUAACCGAUUCGUGCCGGUCGGAAACCCCGGGAUCGAAAGGUCCGUCGCCCUUUCAUUUCAAUCUGGACCACCUUUCGAAGACCGUCAAGUUUGGAUUCCAGGCUCGAAAAAUCGGACGCCAUAUUCUUACUAUAGCGUGUACUACUCUACUAGCGGUGAUCGGAAAGAAAACCUUCCGCAUUCCGGAGCGCGCGGUUCACAACCGACGGAGACUUUCGAACACCCCGAGCUUACGGAAAUCGGAGUCAUGUAGGAAGGUGCGGGCACACCGAUCAUCGGUCACGACGAUAUUACGAGAAUAACCGGAUACGGAGACGGUGGGAAACCAACGAGCUCUUUGCGUCCGCCUCGGAUUGUUUGACGUGCGGUUUCUUAUCCCUGUAAACCUGAGUCCCUGAACGUGCAACAGAUGUUCGUAGCGGUGAUUACGAAGGUGUGCAAUCUGCCUCGUCGAGCCAAGUAAUGGUCGGUUGUCAGGCUUUGGUGGAACUGCAGAGAGCCGCGGAGUGCAGGGAAAUGCCGAUCGAGGAACACGACUGACUGACUGACUGACUGACUGACUGACUCACUGACUCACUGACUGACCGAUCGUGAAAGGUGUUGAACGACGUGGCGCGAAAAGGUGCGUGUGUUUGUGUGUGCAGCUUGUUGCUUCCUCACUCGUCGUCGGUCGUCUGAGGAUCGCGAAACCCGGAGCAUCGCCUGACCCAGAUUACGGAGGGACCGAGUCGCGGAUAAAGCAGCGACUGACUCUGAGCUGAGCUGAGCUGAGAGGAGUCGGCGAUUUUUCACCUCUCGUAUCUUAUUUUAUUUAUGUUUAUUCGAAAAAUGGGACGCAGCCCUGCCCCGAGCUAAUUCGCCCGCGAUGUCCAAUAAGAACAAGCCGCUGCAGCAUCACCACCAACAGCAACAAAACCAGCAACAGCACGCAGCGCACAUGAUCAAGCCAGUACAAGAAACGGUACCGCCACGGUAUCAGCCUCCUCCGCAGCCAACGACCGGCAUCCUCAAACAUCAUCCUCAUUUUCCACCGGGUUCAUCCUCGCAGACAGGCGCACCUCCGCCGCCCCCGAACUCGGCUGUGAACGGCCUCCAUCCCCACCAGGGUCACGCGCAGAUACACCGGGUACAACCCCCGGGGCAGAAAGAUGCCCAGGGUAAAUACACCGCGAAGAUAGUACCGCCCGAUCAUCCGACAUCGGCCAAACAGCACUCCCUUCACGGGUACAACGUCCAGGGCAAGGUUCCUCAGGGUCAGAUACCUCCCGCCAGUCAGUAUCCUUUGACCCAGGUUGUUCAACGACAGAGAAUCACGGACGAGGAUUUUCUCAGGCUUGGACCAGUGGAGAUGCUCAAGUUUGUCAGGAAGACGGAGUCCGACAUAUCAAGGGUCGCCACCGAGCAGAACCGACAGAUACAAAGUCUGUUGAACGAGCUUCGGGCCCUGAAGGAGGCGAACCAGCGUCUGAGCGACGACAACCAGGAGCUCCGGGACCUCUGCUGCUUCCUGGACGACGAUCGUCAGAAGGGUAGAAAGCUGGCGAGGGAAUGGCAGAGGUUCGGAAGGUACACGGCUAGCGUGAUGCGGCAGGAGGUUUCGGCCUACCAAAACAAGCUCAGGCAGCUCGACAACAAGCAGCAGGAGCUCAUCAAGGACAACCUGGAACUCAAAGAGCUCUGCCUCUACCUCGACGAAGAGAGAGGCGGCGGACAGAGGGACGACGGAGAUGGUUCCAGCUCCAGUACCAACGCCGAGGAGACUGUGCCGUCGAGGUCAAGACACACCUCCACUUUUAACGACCAAACUAUGCAGUACGUUCGAAGCCUCGAACAGCGAGUAAAGCAGCUUGAGGAGGAUAAAAGCGUGCUGCAAGCCAGGGCGCAAGGAUGGGAACCACCCCCUGGUGAAGUUUGGGAAAACCCAAACUCUCCCGCCGAUAGCACCCCCCUAGGAGGUCGUCCCGAGGCCGUGGUUCGAGCUCUUCAAGUUUUGGAAGUCAGGGAACAGCUUGAGAGAGAAGGUGGUCACGACGGCGAAAAGGCGUUGGUCAGAGAAAUGUGCAAUGUCGUUUGGAGAAAGCUAGAGGAAGCUCCUCAGCCGAGACAUUAACCUGAGAGACAAAAAGUACAUAUUUAUACAAUGUUAUAUUAUAGUAUAGACACAUCCUAGGUUGUAAUAAGACAGUUUUAUCUGCCGAGCUAUGAUACCUAAUCAGUUUCGAUAUUUUAUACAUAUUUUUAAGAUACACAAGAAUCACUAGGUAUAAUUAAUUGUCACGUGUUCAUUAACGCGUAAGUGCCCGUAUUGCCUUCCAUAGUAUUAUUAUAGAGAGAUUAUUAUUAUCAAAAUGAUAAAUUUAUAAAUAUAUAUAUUAUAUACAUAUAAGGUAGUUUAUAAUAUAUACGCACUAUAUACAGAUAGGAUUUCCACGUGUAUAAUAUUCUAUCGCCGUAACGAUCGCGACGUUGUUACAUUCUUUGUAAUAAUAUUCUAUUUAUAAACCUCUAUUAUACAUUAUACGAAUGCCGUUAGCUUGCCUAGAUGCGACUGUUAUAUUAAUAAAAUAUAUUUUUAUUAAA